CAACCAAACACACAAACUGUGAGUCCCUAUAUAAGAAAACUGCAUUUCUCAAAGUAUGUCAUCCCAAACAAAUUUAUAUUUCUCACUUUAGUUCGGACAGCCAUGGCUUCGUCGGCCGUAUUUCUGAUUUCUUUUCUUUGCGUUCUUUCGGUUCAUGAAUUUCCAGUUACGGCCCAGCAAACGAGGCAUUACCAGUUCAAUGUAAAAUUGCAAAACAUGACUAGAUUAUGCAAGACGAAAAGCAUUAUUACCGUUAACGGAAAGUUCCCGGGACCUCCCAUCGUGGCUAGGGAGGGCGACCGUGUCGUGGUCGAAGUGGUCAACCACGUGCCCAACAAUGUCACCAUCCAUUGGCACGGCGUUAGGCAGCUGCUGAGCGGUUGGGCAGACGGGCCCGCAUACAUAACCCAGUGCCCGAUCCAGACCGGACAGACAUGGCAGAGAGGAACUCUGUUCUGGCACGCCCACGCCUCGUGGUUGAGAGCCACACUUUAUGGACCCAUCAUCAUCCUUCCCGCCAAAAACGCGCCUUACCCGUUCCCAAAACCCCACAAGGAGGUCCCCAUCAUCUUCGGAGAGUGGUGGAACGCUGACACGGAGGCCGUCAUCAACCAAGCUCUCCAGACGGGAGGGGGACCCAACGUCUCGGAUGCAUACACCAUCAACGGGCUCCCUGGUCCGACCUACAACAUUUGUUCUCCCAACGAGACAUUCAAGUUGAAGGUCAAACCUGGGAAAACGUACCUCCUCCGUCUGAUCAACGCUGCCCUGAACGACGAGCUCUUCUUCUGCAUUGCCGGCCACACCGUCACUGUCGUGGAGGCCGACGCCGUCUACGUGAAGCCCUUCGACACGGACAUCCUCUUCAUCGCGCCAGGUCAGACCACCAACGUCCUCCUCCGCACCAAACCCCACCCCACAAACGCCACCUACCCAAUGGCAGCGCGACCCUACUUCACCGGGCAGGGUACGUUCGACAACUCCACCGUCCUCGGCAUCCUUGAAUACAAUUACAAACUCUCGAAACCCCCCACCGCAGCCAAUAUUUUAUCGAAAAUCCCGAUUCUACCGCCGAUCAACGGCACCUCCUUCGUCUCAAACUUCACAAGCCGGCUCCGAAGCCUCGCCAACGCCCGUUUCCCGGCGAACGUCCCCAAGACUGUCGAUCGAAAGUUUUUCUUCACGGUGGGGCUCGGGAGCACCCCUUGCCCGGCGAACGCCACAUGUCAGGGGCCAAACGGGACGAAAUUCGCGGCCUCGGUCAACAACGUCUCGUUCGCGAACCCCACACGGUCGAUUCUCGAGUCCUACUACACAGGACGGUCCGCGAGUGUGUACACUACGGAUUUCCCGAGCAAGCCCGAGAGGCCGUUUGACUACACGGGAAAACCGCCGAACAACACGAUGGUCUCGAACGGGACGAAGGUCGUGGUGGUGCCGUUUAACGCGACCGUGGAGGUGGUUUUGCAAGGGACGAGCAUUCUCGGGGCCGAGAGCCACCCGUUGCACCUCCACGGCUACAACUUCUUUGUCGUGGGGGAAGGGUUCGGGAACUUCGACUCGAGUAAGGACCCGGCCCGGUUCAAUUUGGUUGACCCGGUUGAGAGGAACACGGUCGGGGUGCCGUCGGGCGGGUGGGUCGCGAUCCGGUUCAGGGCGGAUAAUCCAGGGGUUUGGUUCAUGCACUGUCAUUUUGAGGUGCACCUGAGCUGGGGUUUGAAGAUGGCGUGGAUAGUUUUGAACGGUGAGAUGCCCAAUCAGAAGCUGCCCCCUCCGCCGUCGGAUCUGCCAAAGUGUUGA